AUGGAUAGGUUCGGCAACGUUUCUGUAUUGUCACCUCCACAGUUUCAAAACCAACAUCAAAAUCUACAACAACAGCAACAACAGCAGCAAAAUUCUUUUAUUCAACAACAAUAUAUGUCUGCUACACAACCACAAUUGUUUAAUAAUUCUAAUACUACGAACAAUUUUACAAGAUCCGCAUUUUCCCAACAACCUUUUACUACUAUGUCAAAUCCCAUCUCUAAUAUGUCCACCUCCGCAGCUGCAACCACUAAUAAUAACAACAACAAUAAUAAUAGUCUUAUUAACAAUUCAUCAUUAUUCUCCUCAAAUAACUUCAAUAACGGAAAUAUAAACGCAAUGAAUAAUCCACUUUCAACUACCACUACCACUACCACUACUGCUUCAGGUGUAAACACAUCGUUAUCCACUAGGAAUACUAACUCUGGACAACCUCAGUGGUUCACUAAUUCAAAAAAGAGAGCCAUUCCACAAAAUAUUGUCAAAAGACCAUCUUUUAAACGUGUCAUAAAUCCUACCGGGAAAAAUCCAAAUCCAUUGAAUCCACUUAAUAAAAAAAAUGAGGACUGUUCUAAUGAUGAUGGAUUUGAUACUAUCAGCUUUGGUUCCAAGAAAAUUGUUUCCCUUAACAAUGAAAAUAACUUUAAUAACUCCACUGGUCUAAGCAAUGCUGUAAACAACACUUUAAAUGCUGAUAAUUUAUUACAUGAUUCAACUGAUGUGCCACCGAUGGUUUCAUUAAACGAUUGGAAAACAGAAGAAGAGUUUAAGUCCACAUCAAUUUUACCUAUUAACAACAAUGUAUCAACUUCGACUACUUCACUUUUCACAUUACGUUCCUCCAAUAAUAAAAAUAAUAAUAAUAAUAAUACAAACAAAACAUUGAACAAUAGCUCUCAUAUAUCCCAUGUAAACAAUGCUUUUGAUAAGGAUUCCAGAUUAACUAACAAUAACGGCCUUGUUUCUUCACCUAAUUUUACUCCAAAUCAACAGCAAAAUAACAACAGUAACCAUCUAAAUGGCGAGGUGUCUAAUGACACAACAAACCCAUCGCAACUGAAGCACGAAUUUGCUAUUAUUGUGUUUGGUUAUCCAGAAUCUGUCUCUAAUUUAAUUAUUACCCAUUUCUCUAAAUUUGGUAAUAUUUUAGAAGAUUUCCAAGUUUUAAGAAGUUCUACAGGAAUAAGUAAAUUUAAUCCAAAGACUAAUGGAAAAAAGUAUCCAAUCUUUACUGGUGAUGGAUGGAUUAAAUUAACUUACGAUUCUCAAGGAUCUGCUAUACGUGCAUUACAAGAAAAUGGGAAAGUUAUUACUGGUUGUAUCCUUGGAGUAUUACCAUAUAAUAAAGAAAUUGUGGAACAACUGGCUUCCUGUAAAAUAUCAAAAUCAGAAAAUAUUGGAGAAAAUGGGAUAACACCAAGUAUCAGCCCGAUAACUGAUGACUCUAUUCAUACACCAGCAAUAUCUAGUAUAGAAAAUGGUGUAAAUGUCAUAGCCAAUUCAGAUCUAAACAAAAAUGAUAGCAAUUCUCCAAUGAAAACAAGUAAUAUAACACAAGGUAGUAAAUUUUUAUCUAAUCAUAGAUUAACAAUCAAAGAUGGGAAAUCAUUAUUUAUUCAUAACACAAAUGCAAACAAUCAUAAUUUCUUACAAAAUUUAGAAAAGAAAAUGCGUGAACAAGAACAAUUGUCCCAAAGUAAAUAUAAUUCUACUUCAAUUAAUUCUACAAAUAAUACAUCUUUAUCAAAGAAUCAAACAAAUACCUUGUUACAUUCAGUUAAUAAUUGGUUAUUUGGUUGGAAUAACUUAUAA